CGCCAAGCAAAUAUUGAGGCUAAUCAGAAAAUAUUACGUGAAAUGGGCCUUGAGAGACCACUACUUACUUUACCUAAACCAUCAACACAAAAAAAACGACCUCCAACUAAAACCAAUAAAAGAAAACAUAGCUCAGAAAGAAUCAAAAAAAAUAAAAACUUAAAGUCUUUAAAAACAACAACUGGUGAAAACAUAGAAUCAACAGGUGGUCUAAGAAGAUCUAAUAGGCUGGCAAAUAAGCAAGUAAAAUCUUUUAAGGAUGUGUGUUCUGAUGAAGAUAGUGAUGAAUAUGUGCAUGAAUCUAAAUCAAUAACAAAAUUAUAUCCAAAACCUGUAUUUGAUCCAAAUUGGCGUGAAAAACGACCUGAUCCAAAACAAUUUGGUAAAAUCCCUGGAGUUCCAGUUGGUGCUUGGUGGUUUACACGUAUGGAAUGUUGUCGUGCAGGAGUUCAUGGACAGACUGUUGCUGGUAUUGCAUAUGAUGAAAGUAAAGGAGCAAUGAGUGUUGCAUUGUCUGGUGGAUAUGAAGAUGAUGUUGAUUGGGGUGAAGCUUUUACUUAUACUGGAUCUGGUGGUAGAGACUUAAAAGGAACUAAAGCUAAUCCAAAAAAUUUAAGAACUGCUCCUCAGUCAAAAGAUCAAUCUUUAACUGGUGGAAAUCUUGCUUUGAAAAUUUCAUGUGAAACUAAAAAACCAAUCAGGGUCAUUAGAGGAUACAAAUUAAACAAUCAGUAUGCGCCCAAUGAAGGUUAUCGAUAUGAUGGUUUAUAUAGAGUUGAAAGAUGGUGGGAAGAAGUUGGAAUGUCUGUUGCUAGAUAUUAG